UCAGGGAGAAUGGUUAGAAUGGGGUGCCUUUGUCUUUACAAACCAUGUAUGCUCUUGUCCUGUUUGAUAUUGAUGGCUGCACGGCUAUUAUUGAUGCUAAGAAGUUUAAAGUCCCUGAUGCAAAAGCUUUGUGCAAAGGACAACAAGUAUCUGCAGUACCAGAAGAAAUCCUUAAAAGUGGAAGUCUUAGAGUUGUCAGAAUCCAGAGCCUUUCUGAAUACAUUUGAGGAUGAGUGGUCUUCAAGCCAUAGAUCAAUAGCUUUGGACAAUGAAAAGAAAAAGAAUAAAGAGCAUGGAUAUCUGUCUGUCUGGCCACAUGAUCAGGAGGAUAUUACAGAAGAUCAAAUGGAAAGUUCUGCAUGUAACAACAGUGAUGAGGAAACUCAAGAGAAUAAUGAAGAAAGUAAUGACCAAGAAGAAAGGAAUAUUAGGAGAGACCAAGAAGAAAGAAAUAUUAGGAGAGACCAAGAAGAAAGAAAUAUUAGGAGAGACCAAGAAGAAAGAAAUGUUAGGAGAGACCUUAAGGGUUCCAAGGGUAGAAAAAUCUCCAUCUUGUACGAAGGAUUUGCUGCAGGUUAUUCACCAGAUGCCAGCCCACAACGGGAUCCUUGCUACUUCAGGGAUCUUUCUACAGAUGAGGCUGAAGUUGUAGAACUUCAAAUGAAACAUUUUUCGGCGGGAAAGAUUUGCUCAUCUUCUCAAACAGAACAAGUUGUUGUGAUCGAAGAUGAACAGGAGAUCGUUGAUCUCAUUUCAAAGCAAAAUGGAAAGAAGGAAAGCAGAGAAGUAUCGACUCAGACUGACACUGUAGAGUGUUUAAGUUCUUCUGUGCAGACUGACUCUCCUAAUCCAGAUCUUGCUGCAAUCCAUAGGAAAUUGGAUGAGAUACUUGGAAUUCUUCAUGGAGGGUUGGAUAAUUCCCUGAAAUAUAACAAUAUAAGUGACAUUGUUCGAUGGGUUACAGAUAACACCUCAACACCCCAGCCAGGUUGUGCAUCUGUAACAAUACUUCCAGUGGAGGAGGCAGUACUUCCUGCACAUUGUGAAACUGUUGCCUCCCCAAUACUGACAAGGGAACCAAUCCCGAGAGAUGAGGAGCACAUUGCCAAGUCACCAACAUACUUUUUUGCUCUCCAAAGUAAUUCCCUCGCCUCAAGAUUAUCACGACAGCCAUCGCCAGCCAGUCCAUCUCCACCUGCCAAGAGAAUUCUGUUUGAGGAGGACGCUGAGAAUUUUGUGCUCAAGAAAGAUGUUGAGCCUAAUGGUGAAAUGGAAUAUGGUGUGGCAUUACCAUUCAUGGAUGUCACUCAUAGGCUCAACACCAAACAGUCAUCAAAAGAAGAGAAGGUCAUAGAGGUGGAAUAGAGCCCUACAAAGACUUUGAAAGAAAUAAAAGACAUCUCUGACAUAAUUCCAGGUGAUUUCGAGUUCAGAAUUCGACGGGAUAUAAUCACAGAUGUGAAAACCAGUUCCUGUUCUGAUGGCAAUUUCAUGUGGAUUUUAACCAGGAAACUUUAUAGAGAUGAUGAAUUGGUUGGAAGAAAUUUCUUUGGAAGGAAAGGAAGAAAACCACUAUCUCCACGUAGGAAAAAAUGUCUUAAACAUGCCUACAUGGUUGCCUGUGGGACAAACUAUAAGGAAUUCACCAAAGCUGUAAACAGCAUAAACAAUGGAAUCCGAUCUCUUGGACGUUAAAGUAAAAAUAUGGUCCAUGAAUAGCCGACACGUACAUUUUGAAAAUCAAACUUGUGCCUUAUUUCUGAGUUCUUGAAUGCUAAUGCAUAAUUUUAAAUGUUACCAUGACUAACUGACAUGCAGGACACUGGGUAAAUAUGACAUUAUUGAAUUCGUGUAUGUUGUAUAAUGUAAAACUUAUACAGUAUGCUUUAUUUUGGAAAAAUAUGACCUUCACUCUACAUUUUCGAUAUAUGUAGCCUUUUUCUAGUUUAAGAGAAGUUAUUAAUAAUUUUGUAUGAAAGUAGAUUUGCAGGUUUAUAUAAAUAACUAAAAUAGUGAUAGUAUUUAACUCUUGUUCGUCAUAUUAAAAUGAAGUAGAAUUGAAUUAAGAUAUUUUUAUGUUUUACAUAUGUAUUCAACAUUUGGAUGCACAGAAGCAUAACAGCACUGUGUAGAUGAAUGUAACUCAUAAGCAGCUUAGUGCUCUAAAAAAAUUCAUCCAAACAAAUGGACUUAAAUCCGC